UUUGCCUCUUUUUCUUCACCGUCUUCUUCUUUUCCUCUGUAUCCGACAGCUGCUCCGGGAAAGCGCCGGCAGAGCCACUGAUGGAAGAGGAAGAAGCGGACGCCGAAAUUGAAGGAUGAGGAAGGAGUUUGAUGAUUGAAUUGCCGGUAAGGUAACCAUUCGUCCCCAAAACCAGAGCAUCCUGAUAGUUUUUUGACCUACAGAGCCUGAGAGAGCUAUGGCGUUUACUAAAGAUCUUUGCUUUACCGAUUGGUGGGGUAGAAUAGGAGCUGGAGUGGCCAAAAAAGAGAUGGGUUUUGUGGGAACUUGAAAACUGAGCGCGAUGACAAUGUGAGUGAUGAUGGGUCGAUGCAAUUGCUACCCGAUUGCCACUCAUGGUGGCUGUUUGUUAGCGCCAAAAUUCAGACAGAGAAAAAGUGGAUAAGGUUGGUUGGUUUACUCACUUGGGAAAGAACGAUGAAUGAGAAAAGAAAUGCGAGAAGAGGAGAAAACGACAAAGCCAUUCUUUUAGCCGGCGCGCUACCAAACUACUCGUUUCCAUCGUUAUAUCAAAUCACCACCGACAAUUGGAGAAAGAACAGAGAGCGCAAGAGAGAGAGUUUCACUCACGGCGGCGAAAUCACUGACGGGUAAGUAACUAUGGAGGCUUUGGUGUGCAAGAAACUCGGCGAUCCGUCGACGGCAGCCGGCGGCGAUUCACCGAUCGUCCUGAGCAAGAAUCACCCGGUUCCGCCGCUUGACUCUCCCACCACCGUCAGAGUAAGGGUUAAAGCCACAAGCUUGAACUUCGCCAAUUACCUUCAGGUUCUCGGGAAAUACCAGGAGAAGCCUCCGCUGCCGUUCAUUCCAGGCUCCGAUUACGCCGGCGUCGUCGACGCCGUCGGUUCCGGCGUCUCCCUUUUCAAAGUCGGAGACCAUGUUUGCUCCUUUGCCUCCCUAGGUUCCUUCGCCCAGUUCAUCGUCGCCGAUCAGUCCGAACUGUACCUGGUGCCAAAAGAAUGCGAUCUGGUGGCUGCCGCUGCUCUUCCGGUGGCUUUUGGAACCUCUCAUGUUGCUCUUGUUCACAGAGCUCAGCUGGGUUCUGGCCAGGUUCUUCUGGUUCUUGGAGCAGCUGGAGGUGUUGGCCUUUCUGCUGUCCAAAUUGGCAAAAUUCGUGGAGCGAUUGUUAUUGCUGUUGCUAGGGGAGAUGAGAAGAUUAAACUUCUGAGGUCGAUGGGAGUUAAUCAUGUCGUGGACUCGACUAAAGAAGGUGUUACCGCGAGUGUCAAGAACUUUCUCAAGUCGAGGAAGCUCAAAGGGGUGGAUGUUCUGUAUGAUCCAGUUGGUGGGAAGCUUACGAAAGAGAGCUUGAAGCUUCUGAAUUGGGGUGCACAGAUUCUGGUUAUUGGUUUUGCCAGUGGUGAAAUACCCCUCAUUCCUGCCAACAUUGCCCUUGUCAAGAACUGGACUAUUCAUGGACUUUACUGGGGAAGCUACAAGAUACAUAGACCAUCUGUUCUUGAAGAUUCUCUCAAGGAGCUUCUCAGCUGGAUGGCUCAGGGACUCAUCACUAUCCACAUUUCUCAUACGUACAGCCUCUCGGAGGCCAGCCUUGCUUUUGCGGCAAUUAAAGAGAGAAAAGCCAUUGGGAAAGUGAUGAUUACCAUUGAUGAUGCAAGCCAUUCAAGAUCAAAGCUUUGAAACAUUAUCAACCACGUGAUGAGCUCAUCUGAUGAAGCAACAACAUGCAGAAUCUUGUGCACGGAAUACAAUCAUCAGAAGGGAAACCAACUGCCAACUUUAGGCUCGAAGUUAAUUGGAAGAGAAUUUAGCAGAUGUAAUGAUGUGAGUGAAUGAAAAUUUGAGGUGAAUGAACCUUUAUACACAGCAAAGAGCAGAACGGCACAGACUAGUUUGGAAAGAAGAAAAAAGAGAUGGAUAAGAAGGAACUAUAGAUAUGGGAACUUCUGGCAGUUGGUUCUAUCUUCGGCAACAAUGAAUGAACUAUGAGCUGCUUUGUUCCCCUUAGUUGCAUGAAAAUGGCUCUUGUUGUUAAUAAGUUGAUAUGGCAUUCAGUCAUGUUGUUUGCUGAUAUUGAUCUCAGACUGGUCUUUGUUCUUUUUUCCUUCUGUUGGAGGAUUAUUCAAUAAAUUGAGGGACUGCAAGUCUGCAACGGACCGAACGGUUCAACCCGUUGAUCCACUUAUCAAUGACCGGUCCGAUAUGAUUCCAGCUAUAUGAGGGGAAACAUGGGUUGGUCGACAAAACAUGGUACACCAAGUGAACCGUGGUAUGCUAGCCAGUAUGGAUUCUACUGUGACCAGUCAUGCCAUUAAUCAAGCAAUUUUUCUUGUUGAAAAAACAGUACAAGGCUGAUAUACGUAUUAAACCCUCAAUGUCUCCAAAGAUGGA